AUGCAACCUCUGCGACCAAUCGACAUCGUGCUACCGUUCUCCGUGAAGGCAUUUGGGUUCACGUUGGACGCUCAGGAGGACUGCGAUCAUCUUCCACACACCAAACGGAAUUACUCGAACGCUGGAGCAGUUCGUGUUCGAUCGUUCAAUCGCGGAGACACCGGACAUCGACAAACGAAGACGACGGAAUUCAAACCGAAAGUUAACGAUGUCGUCCUCAUCGAACAGGAGGGCGUGCCCAUCCACAAGUGGCCGAUGGCUCGGAUCACGGAAGUCAAAAGUCGCUCAGCCCAGGUGAUCAACGGACGAACCCGGCGGAAACAGGAAUACCCCCAUAAACGAUUGUUUUUCCUGGAAGCCGACCCGACACGUGACCCCGAGAACGAGAGCACUACGGACUCACGCCCCAAAACAAGCAAUGCUCCGAAUUCACCGGAAACGAAAACGUCGCCUCCAGGGCCGGGAGACCAGGAACUGCCAGCGGCUGUGGAUCCGAUACAGGGAGCACCUCUUGCAGUCGGGAGUGUCACGGAUGACGUGGAGGAGAAAAGAUGGAAGACGAGAUAA